UGUGAUACCUGUAAAGCACCAUUUAAUUCAGCUUGGAAACUUGUUCAGCAUGCACAAAAGGAACAUGGAAUCAAGAUCUUCACUUUACCCAUGAGACCAGACCUAUCUACUCCUUCACCUCGUCUCAACCUAGAGCAACGAACACCACCAACAUCUGGACAUGAGUCACCCUCAACUCAUGAAAUGUCUUCAGAAUCAGGAUCAAAUAUGUCUCCAAAACUUAAAUCAUGUGAGUUUUGUGGAAAGUCUUUUCGCUUUCCAAGCAACCUCAUUGUACAUCGACGAUCACAUACAGGGGAGAAACCAUUCAAAUGUCCUCUGUGCCCUCAUGCAUGUACACAGCAGAGUAAAUUAAAACGCCACAUGAAGACUCACUUGAACAACAAAUCACCCAUGUCAGCUAACUCACAUGGAUCUAAUCCAUCUACCUUCUCUCCACCGUUUGGCGUCAAUCAUGAUUUUCGACGUGAGCCACACCUAAAUGGCUUUGGCUUGGCAGCAUCUCAAGAUAGUGCCUUGAAAUCAGUAGGUUUGCCGAAACCUGGACCCAGUGUAUCACACUCACCAUCAAAUGGACCAUCACCUAUACCUCGUAAGUCAUUACGUAAUGAUACAUGUGAGUAUUGUGGUAAAAUAUUCAGGAAUUGUAGUAACCUGACUGUUCAUAGGAGAAGUCAUACAGGAGAAAAGCCAUACAAGUGUGAACUAUGUAAUUAUGCAUGUGCGCAGUCGAGUAAGUUAACUCGACACAAGCGCACACAUGGUCGUAUGGGAAAGGAUGUUUAUCGCUGCAAGUUUUGUGCAAUGCCCUUCUCAGUUGCCAGCACCUUAGAAAAACACAUGCGAAAGUGUGUUGAUAAUCGACAAGCCCGGUUGCUUCAUGAAGCAGAUACGGACACCAAUAGCACAACAGCUUCUAAUCAUUGA